GACAGCGCAGCAGGCGGCAGCGCCGUUGCAUGUUGCAUACGUGUCUAUCGAAUCGUAUGUCUAUCGUAUGAUUCCAAUCGGAGUGUCCGCCGUAAUUGUAUAGAUUGUCGAGAAUAAUUACGUCUCAGUACGCAACAGUGUCGAAUACGCGUGCCGAACUGGAGCGGAUUUCGUCGGAUUUCGAGAUUACGUCGGCGUUGCGUCUAACAACAGCAGCCUUAUGCCAUUUACGACCCGCCCCUCGAUGUGAUCCGCGACUCCGAAAGACGGAGACGAUUCCGAUGGAUCAUCGAAAUCGUCCUCACGCCGACAAUCGGCAUCCCGGAGAGUGUCAAUUCAAGUCAAUCGGCUGAUUGGCGCUCAACGUCUCGGCUUGACAGCGAGCUGUCAUGCGUCUGGUUGCACGAGUCGUGCCUGUAGAACUUUAAGAAAGCGGUAACGUGUCAACGAUGGCGAGCCCUGCUAUUACCAGCAGCCCGGAGAACAUCUCCAAGUUCCUGGAGACUUUACAGUCGGAUCUUAAGGUACUCUCCUCAGAGACCAAGAAGAAGUAUCCGCAAAUCAAGGAGUCAUGUGAGGAAGGAAUUGCAAAGUUGAGGACAGCAUCAAAUAAUCCAGGGACACCAAUAUAUUACAUUGUAAAUCAAAUACUUUAUCCUUUAGUACAAGGUUGCGAGAGCAAGGAUAUAAAAAUUAUCAAGUUUUGCUUAGGCAUGAUGCAAAGGCUAAUAACUCAACAAGCAGUAGAUCAAAAAGGUGCUCGAUACAUUACGGAUACCUUGUGGUUGUUAAUGGAAUCUGGCACAGAGGAAGUUAAAGUUUUGCAGACUGUAACUCUUUUACUUACGAGUAAUGCUGUAGUACAUGGAGAUACUCUUGCAAGAAACUUGGUGCUUUGUUUUCGAUUGCACUUUACAAAAGAUUCUACAACGAUAAAUACAGCUGGUGCUACUGUGAGGCAGCUAGUGUCUUUGGUAUUUGAGAGAGUAGUUGCCGAGGAUGAACAAAGUUCUGAGCAACUAGAUUCGGAGGAAGUUAAUUUAGAAGAACUUAAAAUUCCAACAAAUCAAGCGCCUAAAGGUCUUGGCCCUUGCGCUGCAGAUGCAUAUUUAAUGUUUCAGGAUCUAGUUCAAUUGGUAAAUGCUGAUCAACCAUACUGGUUGAUUGGAAUUACUGAAAUGACCAGAACUUUUGGCUUGGAAUUACUAGAAUCAGUUUUAACCAAUUUUUCAUCAGUUUUUUUUAAGCAUCCAGAAUUUAGCUUUUUGCUGAAAGAAAGAGUAUGUGCACUUGUGAUAAAACUAUUUUCACCCAACAUCAAGUAUCGUAAUUCAGUACCAGCAUCUUUGCAACAAGCUACGCCUUUAGAUAAACCUUAUUUUCCUAUUAGUAUGAGGCUCUUGCGAGUUGUGUCAAUUUUGAUACAGAAAUACCAUUCCUUGCUGGUGACAGAAUGCGAAAUUUUCUUAUCCUUAAUUGUGAAGUUUUUGGAUCCUGAUAAACCUACCUGGCAAAGAGCUUUAGCAUUGGAAGUUUUACACAAAAUGACAGUGCAAGCAGACUUGUUGACAAACUUUUGUGAAUGUUAUGAUUUGAAACCACAUGCUACAAAUAUUUUUCAAGAUAUUGUCAGUAGCUUAGGUGCUUAUGUACAUAGUCUUUUUGUGAAUCCACAGAUGAUGAGUCAGACAGCAACAAGUACAGCCAUACCUCAAAGCACAGGUUCACCGUUAUUCACAGGAAUGCCUAUUGGGCCUGGCGUAUCGCCUCAGCCUGGUUUUUAUUCGCGUGGUAUUUGGUUACCAGUAGUAGCAACAUUUACAAGUGGACAAGCUAAACCAACUUAUUUAGAAAUGUUGGACAAGGUCGAACCACCGCAAAUACCGAUCGGUUAUGGAAUCAGUAUAGCUUAUGCAUGUUUAUUAGAUAUCAUAAGAUCGAUCGCGCUAGCCAUAAAUGGAUCGAAGGACGAUAGUACCGAAGGUCAGACCUAUCAGCCGAGUGAAUCCGAACGAAAGCUUCAUGUACAAUUAAUAAAUUCUAGUUGGUGCGGUCUGCUGGCAGCUCUUAGCCCACUAAUAGAUGCCAGCACGGAUGAAUCAGCGACAGAGAAUGUCCUGAAAGCAAUUCAAAUGUUUGCGUCUCUUUGCGGACAAUUGGAUUUGCAACCGCCGCGCGAUGCUUUCAUAACUGCGAUAUGUAAGGCCUCGCUACCGCCUCAUUACGCCUUAACUGUAUUAUACAACGCACCUCAAGGUAUACCGACCGUAAGACAGCAGGAUUCCGCGUAUAAUUUGACAAUGGGCGAGCCCGAUUACAGACAACAAGUAGUUGCCGUUGGUACGCCGCUACCUACGGCGUCUUUACCAAUCGGUGCUCAUCAAGGUCCUGUUAUGUUGACUGCGAAGAAUUUGCAGUGCAUGCGUGCGCUGUUAUCGUUGGCUCAUUGUCACGGUAGCAUACUCGGUAGCGCGUGGCAUUUGGUACUCACCACUCUUCAACAUCUAGUUUGGAUACUCGGUCUAAAACCUUCCACCGGAGGUUCGUUGAAGGCUGGAAGAACAGCGGCUGAUCCGAAUGCUGUAUUAACGAACGCGGUUAUGGCAGAUUUACCGGUGCUUAGCGCCAUGCUCAGCAGAUUAUUCGAGAGCAGUCAGCAUCUUGACGACGUCGCUUUGCAUCAUUUAAUAGAUGCUUUGUGCAAGUUGAGUCACGAGGCUAUGGAAUUGGCGUAUUCUAAUCGCGAGCCUUCGCUAUUUGCCGUUGCUAAAUUGUUGGAGACAGGUUUAGUAAAUUUACCACGUGUAGAAGUGCUCUGGAGACCAUUAACGAAUCAUCUAUUAGAAGUUUGUCAACAUCCGCAUAUUCGCAUGAGAGAAUGGGGCGUGGAAGCGAUUACAUAUCUUGUCAAGAUGGCUCUUCAGCAUAAAUAUCCGCAACCACUCCGUGAUAAUCAGAAGUUACAAACAUUAUUAUUGGGGCCAUUGUCUGAAUUAUCGUCUGUGCGUCACGGAGACGUCAGGCAACGACAGUUGGAGUGUGUUUUACAAGUGCUUCAUGGUGCCGGAGAGACAUUAUAUCACGGAUGGCCUUUGGUCCUUGGUAUUAUAGGAGCAGUUUCCGAUCAUCACGGGGAAGCUUUGGUGCGCAUAGCUUUCCAAUGUUUACAAUUGGUUGUAACGGACUUUUUACCGGUGAUGCCUUGGCGAUGUCUUCCGCUAUGUGUCGACACAGCCGCUAAAUUUGGAUCGCAGACGCAAGAACUAAAUAUCUCGCUCACAGCCGUCGGUCUAAUGUGGAACAUAAGCGACUACUUCUUUCAAAAUCAGGAAAAAUUGUGUGUUUGCUUGCGCGGGGAUUCAUCAUCGAUGUUCCCCGAUUUUCCUGGCACAACGAACAUGCCGCCAUUCGACAAACUCUGGAUGUGUCUCUAUGCGAGACUAGGAGAUUUAUGCGUCGAUUCGCGACCCGCUGUACGCAAGUCAGCAAGUCAAACUUUAUUCUCUACGAUAUCCGCGCACGGUAGUCUUCUGCAUCAGCCUACGUGGCAAGCGGUACUUUGGCAAGUAUUGUUUCCGCUGUUAGAUAAAGUAAGAAGUUUAUCGAAUUCAGCCAGUAGCGAAAAGGUUGACACCAGCGGAAAUAUACUUAUUCACCAUAGCAGAAAUACAGCGCAAAAACAGUGGGCGGAAACGCAGGUUUUAACGUUGAGCGGCGUAGCCAGAGUAUUCAAUACGAAACGUCAACUAUUGCAAAUGUUGGGGGAUUUUCCUAGAGCAUGGUCAUUGCUCCUGGAAUUCAUCGAAAAUUCCGCGCUUAGCAAGAAUAACGAGGUCUCAUUAGCAGCAUUGAAAUCCUUCCAAGAGAUCCUCUUUCAGCCGAAGGGAAGCGAUAAUACUGAGAUGAUUCAAUCCAAUGAUUCGGUGGGUUUGUGGACAGUGACUUGGCGCGUGUGGCUCAACAUCGGAAUGGAGAGUACUGCGCCACCACAGGAAGGCGACACCGAACCUUACGUGCCGUCGCAGGCAUUCCUGACCGCGCUGAUGCAUAUAUUCCCAGGUGUUUUUCAACAUAUUAGGAACAAAUUUACUGGUCCGGAUUUGCAAAAAUUGUGUAUUGUACUGAAGAAUGCGGUGGCCGUUCCAGUGCAUGGCGAAUCGACGCCAUACAUUUUGCCAUCGGUGCCCGACGUAGUUCUCACUCACUUGCAAGAUGAAGUGUUGCACUCUAUGGAGCUUCUGCAAAAAGAAGCAUUAAAUGGCCCGGAUAAUUUACGCACGAUGAUUGUAAUGAUAUUCCUUCAGUUACUGAGUUUCUCAAAGCUGGCUUGCGAGGCUCCGACAUAUGGUAAAAUACCAACAAAACACAUCUCUCAGAUUAGAGGCGUGUCUGCCGAUUGGGUCACGAUGAAUUACGUUCCAUUUGGUGAAAAGUCCCUAUCGAUGGUCGUGAGUCUAUAUCAGAAGACCGCGCACGAGAUGGCCGUGAUUGACGGCCAGGUGCUGAAGCACAUCGUGGAAGCGUUGCAUGUGCCCUUGUCUAUGAAAUAUGCAUGUCCAUCCGCGACCACGUGGAAGUUAGCCGUGACCAGUCUCUUAGCUGUUCUGCACACUGGUCUACCGCUCGCCAGGAAGUAUCCUGAACAGUUCCAGAGUAUGUGGCUCGAACUCGCAAGUACACUGGACGACUUUCUAUUCCCUAAAAGUGUACUGACUGUAGAACGAGGAGUUGAAGAGAUCCAGGCCGACGAGGCAGUAGACUGUCAAGUUAUGGAAUUACUGAGGGACGAAGUAUUACCACAUUCUCAGCAUAUACCUCAUCAGUUUAUACUGAGAGUUGUGAUGCUUUUAAAUAAAGGUUCUAUACAUUCAGCAACCACAGCGGCGAAUAUUGAAAAUGGUGCAGAAACAAAAUUACGAGAAGAGUUCGCGAAAACUUGUUUCGAGACUCUACUCCAGUUUUCUCUGUUGGAUGGAUUAAAUAACGACGCAGAAAAUAAUCCUAAAAGUAACCCAGAAAAUGAUGAGGGCGGUAUAGCUGGGCGAUUAGCAGUUACGGCUCUUCUACAUAGAUUUCAAGAAGUGUUGCGGCGAUACAUCGAGAGCGAAAGGCGGAGUGGAAAGUGUCCUUUGCCUAGAUACAGAUUGUCGGAGAUAUCAUUUGUCCUUAAAGCUGUUGCCACGCUUGUAGUAUCGCUCAAAAAAGCGCCACCAAAUAAAGUUGAAAGAUCAGUGUGGGAACAGUUGAUCGGAUUAUAUCCAUGCUUAGUAGAAUGCACCAUCGCAACUACUUCUGGACAAGUGUCUAGAUCUUUACGAGAGGCUCUGCUGCAAUAUCACGAUUUAUUGCGAGCACCGGUAAACAACACGCCAACUUCCAAUGGCGUUUGACCAAUACAUUCUUUUCUUUUAACCGGGAGCAUGGACUUGCGCUAAUAACUGCAGAAUGGGUGAGUAAUUUACUUGUGUAACUGGAAACGGAUUUGCGCAAUAUAGUUAAAGUACAAGGUGAGUAAUUUUGCUUAUGUCAGAUUUUGACUCACGAUGAAAUAUACCUGCGAUUAUAUAUUCUCGGUUUCAUGUAGAAACCUAAUGAACGUGAGUGUAUAUAAUUAUACGCUCCACAUAGAAUAAACAUUGUGUUAAAUCUUUUGUUAUAAAUGCGAUUUUGAUCGCAUAAGAAGGCAAAAUAAUUUGCUGGAUCGCUGUAAUUUAUUCCGCUCAUCUGUCGAUACAUAUAUACAUAUAUAUAUGUAUAUUGUUUUUACAACAGUUGCAGUACAAUAAUCAAAAUGCGAGCAGAGUUUUUAGAUUGACGCAUUCAUUAUAGGAAUUUUAUAUAAAUUUGCAUAUUUUGUGUUUUCGACUUGAUGUCAGAGAGUAAUAAAGAUCUCUUUAUAGGAUUUGUUAUUGCUAACUGUAAUAUCAAUGCGAAGAAAUUUCGUUAUAGGAUUGUUAUAUCGAAUAACUUAAACUUCAAAUAGUUGUGAAAUAAUGACAAAUAUAGAACUUGAGAAAGAAACAAAGAGGAAAUCGUUCCUGUUUGAAAUUAUAUAUAAUAUAAAGAGGGAUAUGAUAUAUAUGAU